AACGAAGAGGCCAGCUACCUUGAAGCGGCGAAGUCAAAAAGAUGCAAGAAAAAUGAUUUGCGUAUUGAGAGAGAGAGAGAUAGAGAGAUAGAGAGAGAGGGGCAAACAAAGCAUGGUCCAUGGUCUAUUAGAUUCCAUGAAUUACUUAAUCAGCUUCCCUGUCAUUCCAGCCACAUAGCAAUCUACCUACCUAUACGCCUUGUACGUCAAAUCAAACUCAUCGUUGAAGAUGACACACGAUUUCAUGUGCUUCACAAUCUGAGCAAGGAUUAAUGGCGAGAAAAUAUUUUACUCAAGUUGCUGCUGGCAUGGAAGCUCCUCGCAACAGCUUGGAGUUUCCAGUAGAAAUUUUCCAGGGCUACGGUCAGGCCGGAGGAGACCAUCUCAUGUACGCACAUCAAGAAGCUCAGGUCUGGUCCGAGAAGAAUUGUUUUCCAAGUGAAGCUCCGAUGAAGAAGCUGAUCAAUGAAGAUAUAACAAAAAUGACAAAGAGCAGAGUCAGUGCACUAAGUGUUGUGGCACGUUUGAUGGGAGUGGAUAUGCUGCCAUUAGAUGGCAAUCCAGUAGGUCAGCAGGUCGAUAAGAUGAAAGACAACCCUAAAAUUAAUUAUCUAAAACAGAAACUGAAGAAAAGCGGGUCAUCUUCUGGUGAGGAGCUCUUCCCCUCUGAAACUUCUCUACACACAGCAUAUGAUUCCUGUCAAUACAUGAGCACAAGAGAUGAUGAUGAGUGGAAUGACAACAUCAAGUUGAAUGAAAAUAGACGUCGUGAGCAUCCUCAAGAGGAGGAAUUGCAGAAAUUUAAAAGAGAUUUUUCGGCAUGGCAGUCAACAAGGUUUAAAGAGUGUGCCAAGGUUGUUGAAACCGGAAGCAAAACUAGCCAGCUCAUGGUUCCAGUAAAUCUCACUAGUGAAAAGGUGGUCCCGUUUACAAAUUCGGAGGGGAUGAUUAAAGCAAGCAAGAAUCUAGUGGAACUUGAGAACUGUGGAAAAGUGAGGCAACUUAAGUCAGGUGAUUUCCAAAAUCAUUCUGUUAAAAAAAGUCCUUCUGAAAAAUGGGAUCCACUUUCUUCAAAUAAGAGAAGGCCAAGUGGUGCAUGUGAAUGGUCAUCCAACCCAAAAUUAGAUAAUUCUUCUGUUCCCAUGAAUAUUGUGAUUUUGAGGCCAGGCGUUGAUAGUAUUUAUGACUGUGAAGAGUACUCAGACAGAUCUUCAAGGAAUACAGAGGAGAGGGAUAAUAUGGAAGAUUUUCUCGAGGAGGUAAAAGAAAGGCUUAAGCAUGAGUUGCAAGGAAAAGCUAACAAUAGAACCACAGAUAGUGGAGGUUUAAUUGAGACUUCAAACAGUGAAAAGCCAUCGGAGCCCAAAAAAAUAGCUCAACGUAUUGCAAAGCAGGUUAGAGAAAGUGUUGCAAAGGAUCUUGGAGUGAACUUAAUCCGAUCAGAAUCUACAAGAUCAUAUAGAAGUGAGGUUCAGUACAACAGAAUUGGUUCCCCUGAAUUUAUUAGCAGAAAUGCCAGAAAUUUUUUAACAGAGAGGCUGAGGAAUGUUCUGAAGGGAGAGACACGUCCAAAUGUUUCCAUGGUUGAUCACAACAGCUCGAGCUUAUCCAUGCUAACUUAUGACAGAGACGGACUCCAGAACUCACAGGAAACAUUAAAUUCUGAAAACCAGAUGACCUACUGGGGCAGGGUGAAAAUUGAACAAGAUAAGCAAAGCAGAUCAUUCAGACAUGAGCCAGUUGAUGACAUAGUGAUCCACAAGGACCUAUCCCCUAGGAAUCUCAUUAGAUCAUUGUCGGCCCCUGUAUCAGGAACAUCAUUUGGAAAGCUUUUACUUGAAGACCGCCAUAUACUAACUGGAGCCCAAAUUAGGAGGAAGCAUGAAGUUAUUGAGCGUUCAACAGUAAAGGUGAAAAAACAGAAGAAAGAGAAGUUCAACCUCAAGGAUAAAGUUUCCAGCUUUAAACAUGGUUUCUCCAUGAGAGGGAGACUUUUUAGCAGAAAGAUUCAAUCGCCAGAGAAGUUCACAAAUGCUCCUUCUUUUCUGAAUGAUAUUACUAGUGGACCAACAGUCAUGAUGAAUUUUUGUGACCGCCACGAGAAUUCUACUGAGGUUCCACCAAGCCCUGCAUCAAUUUGUAGCAGUGGCUUUGAGGAAUCAUGGAGGCCAGCAGAAGAAUACUGCAGCCCAACACCAUCGGAUCUACAUCCAUCAGAGGAAAAUAUGAUGCCACUCGCAUUUAGAGAAAUCAGUUCUAAUCUAAUUGAGCUUAGAAGAAAACUCAAUCAACUUGAUGCCUCUGAUUCAGAGCAGAUGAUGACUGAAGAACCUCAAUCUGAGGAUGUGAUGGCAGAGUUAGAUGACCAAUCAGAAGCAUUUGUAAGAGAUUUGCUUGUUGCUUCUGGUUUAUACGAUGGUUCUACUGGAAAAUCUUUAUCAAGAUGGGACCCAUUUGCAAAGCCUAUUAGCGACAGUAUAUAUGAAGAAGUAGAAGAUGCUUACUUGAAAAGAAAUAAAAAUAAUGAAGAGGCUAUGCAUCAGCUCGGCAAGGAGGUGAACCACAGAUUGUUACUUGACUUGUUGAACGAAACACUUUCAACUAUUGUUGAACCACCUAUAACAAUGACCAGCUUUAGGAAAAAUGCGAUUGGUUCCAAUCUGCAGUCUCCACGUGGAAGGAAGUUACUGGGUCGUGUAUGGGAUAUCAUGUGUGUGCACAUCUACCCUCCGGCAGACACAUCCUUUUAUUCUCUUGAAGGUAUGGUAGCUCGAGAUUUACAAUUGACUCCAUGGUCAGUAUUGGUAAAUGAUAAUGUUGAUUUUGUGGGGAAAGCAAUCGAAUGUUGGGUUGUCGGAGAUCUCAUUGACGAGAUAGUAAAAGAUAUGGGACUGACCGUGUAGAAAGUUUCAAGGUUUUAGCAGUGGCAUUUUAAAUUGGAUGUAGAUAAGUGUGAGGUAUAUGAAUUUGUUCAUGCCCAGAACUGGGUAGUGCCUAAUAAUUUUGACAUGGAGAUUUUAUUUGUAUUGGCUGGUGUGAUAUACGAUAGAGGAAUUUGGCCGGUGUGAUAUAAUUUGGCUGAUGAUUAGGUUGUAGUGAGUUGGGGUGGCUUGAAAGUAAAUAACUGCAAUGUAUUUAGUUAUACUUUUAGAGAAUAUUUGUGUCAUUUGUUGUAUAUUCACCGGAAUUUGUUUGAAUAUAUACAAGCUUGAGAGAGAAUUUUCCUUGGAA